UUACGAAUGGUCCGACGACGACGGCGGCGUCGAUUGUGACAACGGCGCAUGUCCUUCAACUGACGCUCGUGCCCAUUGUGAGACUCGUCUCAUGUCACGUGCCUAAUCCCGCUUAAAGAUUCCUUCUCCCGUUUCCUAUCGCACACUGUACACGGCUUCCGGUUUGUGGAUGCUGUAACGCGAGCGAAGACUUUCUUCUUGAAGAACUAGAGUGUUGGACAACAACUGCGGAGCGUCUGUCGAGAUAAGCUAAAACGAACCAAAAUGAAACGUGACGUCACAAUAGAAUACCACACAUCGUCAUCGGCUUCAAGAUUUACAGAGGUCAACCACACGCGACACAACACCCACGACAACGAUGUUCACUUCAGCGACGACAGCAGCGACUACCACAUGUCUUAUACGGCGUCGGAGGCGAGCGAACACUGCGAUAUAUCCGACCACGACAUGCAGGACGACGACGACGACGAAAACGACAACGACAACGUCUUCUGUCCCGAAAGCCCGUCGCCGGACAGCAUAAGAAAUUCUGGCUACAUCUGUCUUCAGAGUGUGCCUCGGCAACUUCUCCCAUCGCGUCAGCUCUUCCACUCCAGUCCGGCGGCCAUCAACCCAGAGUCACUUCCCCUGGACCUGAGUCACAAGCGCAUGCGCAGAAGAUUCAGCGACGUCCAGAUCGGGCAGCCCUUCCGCAAGGUGGCGCGCAGGAUGUUUACCAACAGCAGGGAGAGAUGGCGGCAGCAGAACGUCAACGGCGCCUUCGCCGACCUGCGGAAGCUAGUGCCGACGUACCCGCCAGAUAAGAAGUUGAGUAAGAACGAGAUUCUCCGACUGGCGAUUCGGUACAUCAAGCUGCUGGGUGAGGUGCUCGAGUACCGAAAAGAACAUGAACUCGCCACUCACCAGAUGAUGGCCUCCGCCUGCUCCUCCUCCUCCCCCGACGACCAGAGAGCAGACGACAACGACGAGAACGAGGAUGACGAUGAUGAACACGCUAGUAGUAAUGACCUUGACCUUGAUACGAAGCGGCGACGUCGUCGUGUGUCGAGUCGGUCGGAGAGUGCGAGUGUGAUCCAGUCCCCACCUACUACUUCUUCUUCGUCGGCGCCAAUUAGCGUAGCUGCGACGACGAAGACAAGUGCAGACAGUUCAGUACACUUGACGUGACUGAGAAAUAAAAAACCCCGUACAGUUGGGAUUGUUGUUAUGCGACGUGUGGCAUAACUGAAUGUAUACACAAAGAGUUGAUUUAAUAAGUCAGGCCUGGACACAGUUUUUUUUUAAUUCUCCGCACCCCCCCCCCCCCCCCCCCCCCGGAUGGGGGAGGGAGUGCGGAACUCGAAACACAGACAUUUGUGUUGACAUUGUAAAAGACGGUCACUGUUUUAUAAAAAUCCUUUUCCAAAAAAUGGACUUCGCGGGGCCGUGUGAAGAAGGGAUUACGUUUACACGCAAUUUACCCCCCCCCCCCCCCCCAGCCCGCCCACUCCACCCCACUCGACCCAAGAGCCUGGGUAGGGGCCUAUUUUAACAUUAUUGGAAAAGACAGCAAAAUGUCCUUGUAACUGAAUUAAACUGACUUGCAAUACAGAACAGAUUUUUAUUUUUUUUAUUAUUAAAAAUAACAAGGAAUAGUAGUACAAGUUUUUCAAUAACCAUUUCAAUAUUAGGUUAUUAAUAAAUCAAUGUGCGCUAGAGCUAUUAAUAAAAUGCCCCCCCCCCAACCCCCAACAAAAAACCCCAAAAAACUAAAACAUUUUCAUCUUUAGUAAAAGAGCUUUGUUAAUAAUUUCCAAAUCUAUAUCAUUUGUUUUGACAGUGUUAUAAAUUAUGAACACUAAAAGGUAUUUAUUAUAUAAUGUAUUUAAUGAUAUUUUUCUUGAAAGACAAUCGAAUGCAAAAAUAAUCUCCAGUGAACGGUGGCACCAAAAUACACAUUGUCAUGGUGGUGACGUUUUCUACAACGUUUGUGAUUUGUUGUAAAUAGUUGUAUGCAAGAACAAGAUCAAGUAAUGAUAUGCUGUAUAUAUAUAUUCUUCUGAAUGUUAUUAAAACUUUGAACUCA